CACGUUUGGACCUUUUCUGCCCGGUGUGGUGUCCGGCUGAUGCUGAGGGAGAGGAGCCACCCCGCAGACAUGCUGAUGAAGGGCAGCCCGGCCCGGGGCUUCUUCCCGCCCCCCCACCCCUACAUGGACUUCUUCCCGGGGGCGCACGCUCUCCUGCACCCGCUCAAGUCCCUCGGUCAGCUGGUGUCGGACCCUCGCGCCCCGCUGACCCUCGGCCUGCGCGGCGGGGCCCCCCCGGCCUUCCCCGGACACCCUGGACACCGCGGCCACACCGGACACGGCGGCCCGGUGCUGCGCGAGCACGUGCUGAGCGCGUCCGGGAUCGCCUACCUGAGCCAGAUGUUCCCCGCGCGCGCGGCGCAGGCCCGGCCGGAGGAGCUGGCCGCGGUGGUCACGGAGCACGCGGCCGGACCGCUGUCGGACUUCGGCAGUCCGUCCAGCGAACGGUCCUCAUCCGCCUCCUCCUCUUCCUCCUCCUCCUCCUCCUCCCUUCACACGCCGCCCAAGGAAACUCUGUUUCGGCCGCGUGGCGCGAGCGUGCCUCCGGAGAAAAACGCAGCGCCGUUCCACUUCAGCGAGGAGGAGCUGUUCACCGUGCUGUACGGCUACUCCGGCGGUCAGGGCUGCAGCGUGGGUCACUCCAUAUCAGGCGUGACCCUGCCGGCCAACCCAGGUUCGGACUCCCACGCCCCCCUGCUGGACAAAGAGACUCUUGAUCUUCCAGAGAGUGAGCCGGCCGAGCUUUUCUGUGGUCACCUCCUGGCCGUGCGCUGUCUGGUGGUGCUGCGGGCGGCCUGGGGGGGCGCCCCCCACUGCGGGGUGUUCACGGACAAAAGCAGCAUCCCCAAAGGGACGCGCUUCGGCCCUUUUCAGGGAAAACUGGUCAACACCAGCGAGAUCAAGACGUACGACGACAACACUCUGAUGUGGGAGGUGUUCGAAAACGGCCGUUUGAGCCACUUCGUGGACGGCAGGGGCGCGGCGGGGAACUGGAUGUCUCUGGUGAAGUGCGCGCGCUUCCCGGAGGAGCAGAACCUGGUGGCGGUGCAGGUCCAGGGUCAGAUCUUCUACGAGGCCUGCAAGGAGGUGGCCCCCCGCCAGGAGCUGCUGGUGUGGUACGGAGACUGCUACGCGCAGUUCCUGGGCAUCCCGCUCACGCUGAAGGACUGCCCGGAGGACAGCAGCACCCUCCUGUCCACCGAAGACUCUGGCGAGGGCUUCAAGUGUGACAGGUGCGGGAAGGUGUUCGCCUACAAAUACUACCGAGACAAGCACCUGAAGUACACGCGCUGCGUGGACCAGGGGGACAGGAAGUUCCCCUGCCACCUGUGCAACAGGUCCUUCGAGAAACGGGACCGGUUGCGGAUCCACAUCCUCCACGUGCACGAGAAGCACCGGCCUCACAAGUGCUCGGUGUGCGGGAAGAGCUUCUCCCAGUCCUCCAGCCUCAACAAGCACAUGCGCGUGCACUCCGGGGAGCGGCCCUACAAGUGCGUCUACUGCAACAAGGCCUUCACGGCCUCCAGCAUCCUGCGCACACACAUCCGCCAGCACUCCGGGGAGAGGCCCUUCAAGUGCAGGCACUGCGGGAAGGCCUUCGCCUCCCACGCGGCCCACGACAGCCACGUGCGCCGGACCCACGCCAGGGUCCAGCCGCAGCCCUGCGAGCUGUGCGGCCAGUCGUUCCAGCAGGAGCACGAGCUGCAGUGCCACCGGAAAACACACACACGUGAGGGCCUUUUCUUCUUUAUUUAG